AUGCUGAGAAACGCUACCAAGAGAGCAUUCUCGAAGCUGAGUAGCAGCACUUUCCAGCUGUCGAAGCUACCAAACGGAUUGAAAGUUGCUACAUCGGGUGAGCCGGGCCAUUUCAGCGCUCUGGGUCUGUACGUUGGAGCAGGCUCACGGUUUGAAUCGAGAAACUGCAAAGGCUGCACUCAUAUACUUGAUCGACUGGCCUUCAAAUCUACGAAAAACAUAGACGGCAGAACGUUUGCAGAAACUUUGGAAUUGCUCGGUGGUAACUAUCAGUGUACGUCUUCGAGAGAGACGAUGAUGUAUCAGGCGUCUGUUUUCAAUCAAGAUGUGGAAAAGAUGCUCAACCUGAUGUGUGAAACAGUCAGAUACCCCAAAAUUACGCAGGAAGAGUUGGCUGAACAAAAAUUGACCGCUCAGUACGAGAUUGACGAGAUCUGGCUAAAGCCGGAGUUGGCACUGCCGGAGCUUUUGCAUACAACGGCCUACUCUGGAGAGACUUUGGGCUCGCCGUUAAUUUGCCCCCGAGAAUUGGUACCUUCGAUCUCGAGGUAUUACUUGAUGGAUUACAAGAACAAGCUAUACACACCGGCAAAUACCGUUGCGGCUUUUGUGGGCGUGCCACACGACUUGGCUGUGCAAUAUGCUGAGAAAUACUUCGGUGACUGGGAAUCUAGUCAUCCUCCAAGAAACCAUGUACCCUCCAUAUAUACCGGUGGCGAGACUUGCAUCCCACCUGGGCCUGUCUUCGGAAACUUGCCAGAACUAGCACAUAUUCAAAUUGGUUUUGAAGGGCUGCCCAUUGAUCAUCCGGACAUCUACGCUCUGGCCACUUUGCAAACCCUGCUUGGAGGAGGCGGCUCAUUCAGUGCAGGCGGCCCUGGUAAGGGCAUGUACUCCCGAUUGUACACCCACGUAUUGAACCAGUAUUACUUUAUCGAAAACUGCGUUGCAUUCAAUCACUCAUACUCGGACUCAGGUAUCUUUGGUAUAUCAGUGUCGUGCAUACCGCAAGCUGCUUCUGAAGCUGUCAGGGUCGCUUUGGAACAGUUUACUAAUACGUUUGCUAAUGAAAAAUUGAGAUUAACAGAGGAAGAGGUUUCUCGUGCCAAGAAUCAACUGAAAUCGUCCCUUUUGAUGAAUCUCGAAUCAAAGUUGGUAGAACUGGAAGACAUGGGAAGGCAAGUUCAACUUCACGGACGCAAGGUCCCAAUACAAGAAAUGAUCGCUAAUGUCGAGAAGUUGACACCUCAGGAUAUUUCUCGUGUGGCAGAAACUGUCUUCACUGGUAAAGUAAACAAUAAUCCUGCUUCGAGUGGAAAGGCUACAAUUGUAAUGCAAGGUCAAAGGGAAUUGUUUGGAGAUGUACAAGCCCAGUUAACGGAAUUCGGUUUGGGCAACUCCACCAGACUCUCAGACACGAAAAGUACAAUUAAAAAAUCAAGGUGGUUUUAA